GGGUUGGGUUUCUUGUGGAAGGUUUCUUCUGAUCGAGCUCAUGUUGUAAACCCUCCUCACGAAGGGCUCUGUCCUCCACAAGCCCCUUCUCUUGACUUCUCUGAGAGGGCUGGCCCCCUUCGGCCACCACCACGUGCGCGCCGCCAGUGCUCCCUCCCUUGAGGACGCCGUGGACACCGCGGUCAUCCUGACGGCGCAAAGACGGGCUCGGCCCCCGAUCGGGGCGCCGCGGAGGCGCUGCUGAGAAGUGGCGACGCGCCCCUGCUGCCUCCUGCCAGGAGCCGUGCCAAGCAGCUCUUGCUGAAGAGGACGAUGGACUUUACGUUCUGCCGGUACACCGUCAGGCUGCUCUGGGACCCUCUCGCGGCGUGCAAAGAAAAAAUCGCGACGGGAGGAUUUCCGCUGUUUCCGGCCUGUGGGGGCCCUUGCCAGGCCUCGGGGCCGUCAGAAAACGACUCGGGACGAGAAGCCGGUCCCGUCGGUGGGAUCGAGACCUCAGGGGUGUGAUCUUACACUUCGCCGGUGUCAGGCUUUUCUCGGCGUCGCCAUUGCGGAACACGUCGCUGUGCUUUUUCGACGCGCAGCGGUUCCCCAGCGCGGCGGGCCGAGCGUCCUGGUCUCGGUGCGAUGUCGCGCUUGGUUGUCUUGAGCGUUGGGGUGCCCCGUCAGUUCUUACCAACCUGGCACCUAUACCUACGAUUGACAUUCGCCUUAUCUCGACGCCGAUCUUGAGGAUUACCUCAGUUUAUGCAGGCGCAUCGCUAAGAUUGUCAUCGCUUUUUGGCUUGUCGGUCUAAGGGAUGGGGAUGCGCUCGAGGUUGGUCAAUUUCCCCCCGUGAUGCGGUCGCCUUGGCUUGCAUCAAUGUUGUGGCGGAUGUGGUCAUUGCUGUUGUGCUGUGCGGGGUCGGCAAGGCAUGCGGUCGUCGUUCCAGAACUGUGCGACGUGGUCAGCGGGGUGUGCUCGAGCUCAUCCCGUGGCUCGAGUCGAGCGAAAAGGCCGUCCUGCCGCAGACCUCACCGAGGGGGGAGAGAGCAACCGCGACGCGAGAUCCCAGGUGGCUGGGCACGUGGCGCUGACCAUAGACGACGCGCCAGGCCGCUUGCCACAGGCCUGCUCCCGGAUCCCCGACGUGGCAGACCUGUUGCGCGCCCGAGGGGCCCGCGCGAGCUUCUUCCUCAUGGGCGGCUCCGUCCGCGGGCACGAGGCAGACCUGGUGCGCCUCGUGCGCGAGGGCCACGAGCUCUGCAACCACGCCGUGGCCGACAGGCCGUACCACGAGGACAGCCCGGAGGAGUUCGCCGCGGCCGUGGACUCCUGCAACGAGCAGAUAAAGGAGAUCCAGCGAUCCGCUGGCGUCCCCGCCUGCGCGCGCUGGUUCCGCGCGCCGCACGGCAAGUACACGGAGAGCAUGGAGGAUGUACUUCAUGAGCGGCUAUUGACCAACACGAUGUGCGAUUGCUAUGCCAGCGACCCCGUGGUCGAGGACGGCGAGUGGAUCGGCAACUUCCUGGCACGCCGCGCGGUCCACGGCUCCACCCCCUGGGGCGCAUUCGGCCUCGGCCCGGCGGCCGCAGGCUCUGAGGCCACGGCUCGCCGCCCUCUGCGGCGGCCCUGCCGUUGGGCAGGACGGGCUGCAGCGGCGCGGGCUGCGCGCCGUGUCCCUGGCGGAACUGGCGGAGCUGGCGCUGGGGCGCGGCGCCGACGCCCGCGAGGACUUCGCACGGCUGCAGGGGCACGGCCUCGGCCGCGAGCCGCGGGAGCAAAAGUCAUCGGCGCGCAGGUCAUGGGCCCGCGCCAGACGGAGGUCGUCCACCGCCACGAGGGCCAGCCCUCGGGGGCCGCGCCAGCCGCGUCCGCGCCGGGCGCGUGCGGCAUGCAGCAGGAACAGCUUAACCAGUGCUUCAAGACAGCAGUGGAUGCGUCGCAGUGCCAGUUCUACUUGGACUCGCUGAAGGCAUGCCAGCAGACCCAAUGA